CCCUGCUGGAGAAGGGCCACCUCCGGAGUUUUGGAAGGAUAAAGGAUCCCUGACCCACAGGGCGAUGACCACACCUGCGGGCUCCGGCUCCGGCUUUGGCUCAGUGUCCUGGUGGGGUCUGUCCCCAGCGCUGGAUCUACAGGCUGAAAGCCCUCCUGUGGACCCAGAGUCACAGGCAGUUACAGAGCACAAGAUCCCGGAGCUGGAUGUCCUGCUGUUAGGUUCUGUGGAUGGGAGACACAUGCUUCGGACCCUGGCCAGGGCGGCGCUCUGGCCUCUCAGGAGAUUCAAUUUUUAUGUGCUGGAGAAUAACCUGGAAGCUGUGGCGCGACACAUGCUGAUCUUCAGUCUAGCCCUAGAGGAACCUGAGAAGAUGGGGCUCCAAGAGCGGAGCGAGACCUUCCUGGAGCUGUGGGGGAAUGCGCUCUUGCGACCAUCGGUAGCUGCCUUCGUGCGCACCCAGGCUAGCCUCCUGGCUCAACUGGUCCCCGAGCCUGACCGCCUGGAGGAGCAACUACCCUGGCUCAGCCUCCGGUCGCUCAAGUUCCGCGAGCGGGAUGCCCUGGAGGCCGUGUUCCGCUUCUGGUCAGGUGGGGAGAAAGGACCCGAGGUCUUCCCCAUGAGUCGCCUUUGGGACUCGAGGGUGCGCCACUACCUGGGUUCCCGCUAUGAUGCCCGGCGUGGCGUGGCCGACUGGGACCUGAGCAUGAAGCUGCACGAUCGAGGGGCCCAAGUCAUCCACAUACAGGAAUUCAGACGCUGGCGGGAUACAGGCGUUGCCUUUGAACUCAGAGACUCGAGUGCUUACCAUGUGCCCAACAGGACCCUAGCGUCGGGUCGCCUACUGAGCCACCGUGGGGAACAAGUGGCAGCGCGCGGGUACUGGGGGGACAUCGCCACGGGGCCCUUUGUGGCUUAUGGCAUCGAGGCGGAUGACCAGAGCCUUUUGCGAAGGAGCAAUGGACAACCGGUCAAGACUGCAAGCGAGAUCACACAGCAUAAUGUUACAGAGCUGUUCAAAGACGUGGCCGCCUGGAGGGGCCCGGGAGCCACCCAGCAGAACCAAGAGGAGACAAAGUCGCCUGAGGCAGAUGUGCCUACUCAAGAACCCUUCACUAUGCACUUUCUGCCUCUCAAUUCUUCACAGACUCUCCACCACAAGUCCUGCUAUCAGGGCCGGUUCCAGCUCCUCUAUGUGUCCUGUGGGAUGGUCCAUCUUCUCAGUCCUGAGCUCGGGGCUUGCGUGGCCCCUGGAGGGAACCUGGUUGUGGAAUUAGCUCGGUACUUGGUGGACAUACGGCCCAAGGAGUUGAAGGCGUUCUCUGACCGUGUUGGGGAGAUAGCACGGGCAGCUGGGUUCGCCCCUCAUACUGGAACCACCCCCUCGGAGACCUUUGCACGUUUCUACAAGUUAGGAGACACCAGUAGGGGUUGUGGAGACUCAGCUUUGGAAGCCACAGUCCUGGCCCCUCCCCCAGAAGCAAUGAGCCCACCCCAGGCUGACCAGGCCUCUUCUCUAAGAGCAAUGAGCCCACCCCAG